AUGCAUUCUAGAACGUCAAGUUUGUCGUCUAUAUCUGAUCUUUUCCGUCCAAAUAACCCAAAAGGGCUAACAUCAAGAGACUUAAGUACCACCCGGUUAAGUAUUUUCAAGAAAGAAAUACAGACUGACGCACAUAUCAUACCUUUGAGAGAACUUUUUAUGUCACUGAAUACAGAUCCUGAAAAGGGAUUGUCUAAUGAAAGGGCAAAGGAGCUUUUAGAUUACUAUGGUCCUAACACUCUCACCCCUACUACACAUUUUAUAUGGCCUCGUUUAUUAUUUAAAGCUUUGUGUACAGGUUUCUCCAUUUUAAUUUGGCUUGGCGCUAUAAUGUGUUUAACUGCGUAUUUAAUUGAAUUGUCUACUACACCAGAUCCAAGUUAUAAUAACUUGUAUUUAGGAUGUGUGCUUAUUGGCGUGGACAUGAUAUGUGGUCUUUUCAGCUUUAUUCAAAGUUAUAAAAGUUCGAAGAUAAUGAAAACAUUCAAUAGUAUGAUACCAAUAUAUGCGACUUGUUUACGAGAUGGGUCUCUACGUAGAGACACACAAGUGCGAGACUUAGUGAAAGGCGAUAUUGUUUAUGUAGAAGUUGGCGAUGUUAUACCGGCUGAUAUAAGGAUUAUUGAUAGUAAAGGAUUUAAAGUAGAUAACUCUUCGUUAACAGGGGAAUGUGUAGCGGUCUCGCGGAGUAACACUGAUGGAACCGCAAAUAUUUUAGAAUCCCCUAAUGUUGCUUUCUUUUCUGCACUUUGCGUUGAAGGAUGGGCUAAAGGGCGUGUGGCGGGCUUGGCAGCGCGUAUAGAGCCCGCACCUUCUCCUCUUUCACGCGAAAUUCGCCGUUUCAUGCGUUAUAUGUCAAUCUGGGCUCUUUGUUUGGGUAUAUUCAUUGCUGGUGCUGGUAUUUUUCUUGGAUACCCAAUUAUGCAAAUCAUCGUAUUCGUUAUUGGAAUAGUUGUCGCUAAUAUACCUGAAGGCCUGCAACCAACAGUAACUGCCUCUUUGACAUUAACAGCAAAAAGUAUGGUGGCAAGGAAUUGUUUAGUAAAAAACUUAGAGGCAAUAGAAGCCCUAGGAGCAUGUACAACUAUAUGUUCUGACAAAACUGGUACAUUAACAGAGAACAAAAUUAACGCAUCGGUGUCCGAAAAGGGAGUUCUAAGUGGUGAUGCUUCAGAAAAGGCUAUAUUAAAUUUUUUAUAUAAAUUUGACGAUCCAGUAGCCAUUAGAAAGAAAUACCCUAAAGUUGCUGAAAUACCAUUUAAUUCCGUCAACAAGUAUCAAGUCAGUAUUCAUCUAGAUGAAAACUCUUCAAAGUAUCUGUUAGUAAUGAAAGGCGCUCCGGAAUACAUACUUUCUCGAUGUAGUACAGUUGCUUCGAACGAAAACAACUUAAAUAUGACUACUGGAAUACUUGAAGCUGUUAAUAAAGCUAUAGAAAAUUUAGCAAACACUGGUGAGCGCAUAUUAGCAUUUGCGGACUACACUUUAGAUUCAAAAGAAUACCCAUUAAAUUUUGAAUUUGAUACGGAAAACCUAAAUUUUCCCAUUGACAAACUUCGAUUCCUCGGCCUUUUAGGUCUAAAAGAUCCACCUCGGGAAGAGGUUCGCUCAGCGAUACAACGUGUGCGAGAAGCAGGAGUACGUGUAAUGAUGGUAACUGGGGAUCACCCUGCUACUGCUCGCGCGGUGGCUUUGGAAGUGGGCAUUGCUACAACACCUACCUGUCACAUUGUCACAGGGACUGAAUUGCGAAAUAUGACACCUGAUUUAUUGUAUCUAACUUUAGAAAAGCAUUAUGAAAUUGGU